CAAAAUGGUACAUGGUUGUUGCAUCACGAACUGCGAAUCGAAAUCCGAUAGCGGAUUUUCCCUCCACCAGAUUCCUUCUGGAAGGACCAGUGCACAUCAGGUACGAAGACGCCAAUUGUGGAUCAAUUCUAUCGGCCGCACCGACAUAAAUUACCAGUAUGCCAAAGUGUGUAGUAAACAUUUUGAAACAGAAGGUGAACUGGAUUUCAACUUUAUUCUUGAACGAAAACGAUCAUGAAAACGAUGAAUUCGUCUUCGAUUAUAGUGAUUAUGGACAGCUACCAAGUGACACGGAGAUUAAAGCAAACCAAUAUUUUCCGGAAGAUGCUGAAAUGAUGGACCAGUUCCUUGUCUACGAAGAAGAUGAAAGGACAUUUGACCUUCAAUGUACAGACCUGAGCAACUCGGUGCUACUAGAAUGGAACAUCUUAGCCUGGUUGGAAGAGUGGUUGGAGGAUGAUGCGGAUUUUGAAUAUACGACUGAGGAAUGGUUGGAUGAUGAUAUGGAAGUUAGCACGCAAGAUACUGCACACCUGGAACACCUGGAAAUAUGUCAAAUGUACGCUGCUCAAUACAUCAACGAGGGAAACAUGAAUAUACAUAUAAAUUUAAGAAAAUGCAGCCUCUACGAUUAAAAAUCAAUUGUUCAACCAGCUUAUAGUUACGUCCUGUCUGCCUUUCAUAAAUAACCGUAUUUAUGAUGGAUGGUUCAUAAUCAGCGUUAAAAGGAAUAUGUAAUCAACAUAACGGUGUAAUAAAUUAAUGUUAUCAAGUGUAUGCAAUUCUGUAAUCUAUUUAUUUGCUGUUAAUAUGAAAAGACAAUAGGUACAUUAAACUAGCUGAAAUUCCAGCAAAAAGGUUGUUAUUCAACUUUGCUGUACAUUCAGUAAAGAUUGCUGAUUUUUCAGUAAUGUGUUGUCAGUUUGACUUCGACCCAAAUUGCUGGUCAUCCAGCAAAAAUAUUUUGCUGGAAGGAUUGCUGAGCUUCCAGCUCGGCAAAAUCCAGCAAAAUUUUGCUGGUUUCCAGCAAUAAAAAAUGAG